AUCGCACACACCUCCGCUUGCUGCUGCUGAGUGUGUGGAGGAUGCGAGAUGGCAUCGUAUGGGAACCAUCCACCCAGAAGGAGAUAGCCUACUACGACAAGUUGUUCGGGGUCGUCGACCGGGAUAACACAUCGACGCUAGACGGCAAGGAGGCGGUACAAUUCCUCGGACUCAGCGGCCUAACCAAAACUCAAUUGAAGGAUGUGUGGUUUGUCGCCUGUUCGCCUGGACAAGCCGUGCUUCAGCGUCAAGGUUUCUAUGUGGCCAUGCGCGCGGUGGCCUUGGCACAGAGCGGCGACUCAACUGUAACUCGAGAGAGAGUCCGAGAGACCGCGACAGAUUCCAUCGCAAUGGCGACGUUCAAGGGGAUACCAGCCGCAUCUGUUAAGUAUUCAAAGGGGAAGAAACAGAACUCUAAAAAGGAGGAACUGGCCAAACAGGAGCCCAAGACCGCUGCACCGAAGAACUCGACCGGUCCGAAAAAGAGUGCUGCCGCAACUCUCGCAUCCACAAAAACAACUGCCGGGCACAAGACUGCGUCAAAAGAAGGCAACCCCGGUAAUAGCGUAAAAACGAAGAAGAAUGCAGGUGCCAAUUCCGCUAAAGGAGGCACUAACAAUGCUCAACCUUCUGAGAAAAAACACAGCAACAAGGCGGCUGUGAAUGUAGGAAAAGGAAAGAGGACAACCAGUCCGGAGAGAGGCAACGGCGGUGGUAGUCGUGGCGACUCGUCUUCAUCUUGUUCGAAAGCGGCUUCCGAUAGCGACAACGAUGGCGAUGACAGCAGCCGUUCAGGAGGCGAGAGCACGGAAGAUGACGACGAUGGCGAGGAGGAGGAGGACGGAGGCCCCGAUCCUUUUUCAAUGUCGGAAAAGGCACGGGCUAGAUACCAGGCGAUAUUUUGCAAAGUCGACGCCACGGGGACUGGAUCAUUGAGCGGAAAGCAGGUAAUAGGGUUGUUCGCGAAAUCAGGCCUUGAUAAGGCAGCUUUGGCGGUCAUUUGGAGGCUUCCGAAUCUUGUGUUGUGUUUGUGGUCCGAUGGAAGGUUGUCAGAUCUAGACGAAGACGGGAGCCUCGCAGCAGAAGAGUUCGGGAUCGCUUUCCAUCUCAUCUUUUGCGCAACCCAACGCAAGCUGAACGUGCCGGAUGAGCUUCCCCAAAGCCUGUGGCCAGCUGGGUAUGUACCACCGUCGGUCCUCGCUCGGCGUGAGGAGGAGGCGGAGAAAAAACGAAAACAAGAGGAGCAAGAGCGAAGACGAAGGGAAAAGACAGUAGCCGACAGCAGCGGGAAGUCCAACAACGAUGCCGCUGCAGGCACCACGAAGAAGAAGAAAAAGGACAAGAGUAAGAAGAUCGGGGCAGGCAAGAAAGGCACUGAGGUAGCUAGCAGAGGAAUCGGCAACGAGAAAACGGAGGAAGACAAAAAGAAGGAGGAGCGUGAGCUAAGAGCCGCGAGGGAGGCCGCUUCGCUGCAGAAGAGGGAGGAACUGGCCAAGAAACGUGCCGAGAAACGUGCAAAAACAAAGAACAAGAAAACCCGGAGUAGAAACAACAAGAAUGACAAGGCUCCGAAGAAGAAGAAAAAGAAAAAGAAGAAGACCGAGAGGUCGGACAUCAACGGCGGCGACAAUGGCGCAAACAGCAGGCCAGAAUCUCCCGGAACACCGAUCGGUCCCCUGACCGUGGCUGAGAGGCGGGCGAGGAAAGCAGAGGCACGCGCGGCCAAGAUCGAUGCAGCCAAGCUUAAGAAAGAGACGGCCGCGAGGGAUGCGAGGAUGGCAGAGCUGGAUUUGCAGGACUCUUCGAAGACAUUCACCGUGAAGGCGAUGGACCCUAUGAAGAUAUCCCAAGACAACGACCUCCACAUGUUGCCAGAUCUCGGGGAGGGGCCUCUAUCUUUGGCGCGGCUGAGCGCCCCCUUGCCGCAUCUAACACCACACCCGGGACGCCCGCCAUGCAUCCAGCCCCAAGAAUUCAGCGUGUCGUUCUCGUCGGGCAUCAGGCGCGCCUCGUCGCUCACCCCGUCCCUGGAAGUGAGGCUGGGCCCACCAAAGGCGUCACUUGAGCAGGUUGCUGACGUUACGGAUGGAAACACCGACGACAGAGCAAGUGACGGCGACGGUUUGAUCAGGUGUCCCGAAUGCGCGGAGCUCCUGAGGAGCUCUCAGAUCGUCCAGCACAUCCGGUCGACGUGCAGGCUGCUCCCAUGCACCCACUGCUCGCGCCUCCUCCUGCCCGCCGACCGGGAGCGGCACGUGGAGGAGGCGUGUCCGAACCGCCGUCGAAGCUGCAUGCGCUGCGGGGAGGCGGUCGUCGUCAGCGAGUUCGCCAGGCACGAGGCGGAAGGAGGCUGCGCGCGCAGGGUUGUGCCGUGCGCGGCGUGCGGGGAUUUCUGUCCCGCCGACGAACUCCGAGAGCACGGGGCGAGAGAAUGUCCCGAGCGUGAAGUGAGUUGCCCCUCCUGCGGGGACGGCCUCCCGGCGAGGCAGAUGGCUGAACAUGCUUCGUCGCUGUGCCGGAACAUGACCUGGGCGUGCGGGUGUGGCGAGGGUCCAUUCGCUCUCUCGGAGAGACCGGCGCAUCUCAAAACCUGCAACGCGUUCAUCGACGCGUGGGAAGCUUCGAUCGAGAAGGUUAUGAUCGCGACCCGCGUGGAAAAUCCGGGCCUAGCGCUACUUGCGCUUGCUGAGUCCAGAGGGAAUGUCUCCCUAGCUGCCAGGAGAGUGACAGAUGAAAGGGCGUACAUCAACGAGCUCUGCCUAGCCGCCGAUAUAGUGAACGUCGAGGUCUUUCUAAAGGCGCUCACGAAGCCCGGAAAGAGGGGAUCAGGGGCUCUUUGGCGCGCAGGGCUACCGUGA